AUGGAGGAGAUGGCUGACCAGCAAUUCAAGCAGAUGCUGCUGGCGUACACCCUGCUGCUGCUUAACCAGGGACCCAUGCACAUUGACGACCUGGAUAAUGACUGCGAGGAGCUGCUGGUCAAGGAAUUCGACUCACGCAUAGACUUCCAGGUCACGGAUGCCCUGCCGCGGCUGCAGCGGUGGGGGCUCGUCUCGUGCAACGACAGGGACGAGCUCAGCGCCUGCCCUUUGACCGACGCCAUCGACACUUUGACCGCCGCCUGGACCAUCGCCUACAAGGCCCUCGGCGGCGGCCACGCCAGCAGCAUCUCCACCUACGACCUCCUCACCGGCAAAGCCUCGACCUUCGGCGCCGGCCUGGACCAGUGGCGCAAGGACAAGGCGCACUUGCAGGCGCUGACGUCAGCGUCGGAGGCGGACGCGAAGCGCGGGGUGUUUGGCAAGGCGAAGAACGUGCUAGGGUUUGGCAAGGGCAGGGGCGGUAACCUGGACGCCGACGGCGGCAGUGAGGGCGGGCUGGGUACAGAGGGGGGUUCGGUUGCGAGCGGCGCAGAGCUGGAGGAGGGCGGCAGCGGCGGCGAGAAGAAGAAGAAGUUCUCGCUGAAGAAGCUGCUGGCGUGA